GUAAAAUUCUUGAAAUCAGUCACGUCUCCAGACAUGAUCAGUAUACUAUUAGUCGGCUGUUGUACUUUCGUGUGUGUCAUAAGUGCUCAGGCUAUUAAUUUGGACCGAUCCUUGAAAAAUAAUGCUUCAGAGAUCAAAUCAUUUAACUCCCGUUCCAAUCGUCAGGAAAGGUUCUUCCCGCUAUUCAGCGUCGUACGUUUCGCUAACUCCGAGUGCCUGUCGAGCAUCGAUCAACUUAAUGGAACGUGCUUUACAAGACGGGAGUGCAUUAAUUACGGAGGUAAUCCAUCGGGACCAUGCGCCAACGGAUUGGGCACUUGCUGCGUGUUUCAAAAGUCUUGCGGCUCCACCACCAACAUGAAUAAUACGUACUUUGUAAGUCCAAGAUAUCCCAUCACUUAUCGAGGUGGAGAACGAUGCACGAUCACGGUGCAACGCUGUAAUUCCAACAUAUGUCAGUUGCGGCUAGAUUUUCUGGAGGCCACCUGGGCCCAGCCUAAUUCAACUGGAUUUUGCGAUUUAGAUGUGUUUUUGGUAUCGGGUGGUUCGUCUACGGUGCCCAGAAUAUGCGGAGAGAACACCAACCAGCAUGUAUACGUUGACUUUAAUGGAGCAACGCCAAUCACGAUAUCCGUCGACACCAAUGCAGAUUACGCGUUCGAUCGACGUUGGAAUAUAAGGAUUCUGCAAAUAGCAUGUGAUUCUGUAUGCAGAGCUCCUAAUGGAUGUUUACAAUAUUACAAGACUGUCUCCGGCACUGUUAUGAGCUUCAACUUUGGUACAACGGAAAAUGUCCGAGCUCCUCAGAUAGGAACGCGACAGAUGGUGAAUCACCAUUAUGGCGUGUGCAUCAGGAUGAGUCUUGGAUAUUGCACUAUCGAGUGGUCGCAAGUUGAUAGAUUCUCCUUUUCCGUUUCUGGAGACACAGGAUCGUUUGAUCCAGAUAUAAUAGGCACAGAUUUGGUGGCAGAAUCUGGAGCUAGCUGCACCAAUGAUUUCGUGAUUAUACCCGACCCGCGUGAGAAUGGCGCUUCCGUUAAUACAGACAGAUUUUGCGGAAAUGGAUUUAUAACAAAAAUAUCGGACUUGAAACCAUUUGUACUUUAUGUCGUUACUAACGGCGAUGAAAUGCAAGAGGCUCAAAACAAAGGCUUCGCACUUAUGUUUCGUCAGCUACCUUGCGCAGUUUAAUUUAUAAUUUAUACUGUUAUGUAUAUAAAUGGUAGGGCCUGCACUAGUCGCUUGAGUAAUUACCAGCAAAUGACUAUUUAAAAAAAUCUUAUAAUAAAACUUAAAAAAAAAUAAAUUGUAACUCGACAAAUUCUUUUUUCUUUCUGGCGAUCAUUUAAUUCAGAUAUAAUAGGUAAAUAGGACUAAUUUUUGUUUGAAAAUUUCCUAUAAAUUUAGCAAGUAUUGAUAUUUUUAUUUUACAUCUAAUUUUUAUACAUAUUUGAUUAAAAUUGGUUAUUGAAUGAUUUAUUUGACUGGUGCAGUGACCUACAUAAAUUUUUUCUUAGAGUAAUAUUAUUAAGCCACAUCGUAAUAUUCAUAAGUACGAUUUAUUAUGUAAAUAAAUAAUUCUAUACAUAUGGG